GCUCAACCAAUGAGCGGCGGAGGGGGGCGGGAGCCGUUCCCAGGAAGCGGCGGGCGGCGCGGACCCCGCUGUGUGUGCGGGGCGCUGAGGGCGGUGCGCAGCCAUGUCGGAACGGAAAGUCUUGAACAAAUAUUACCCGCCGGACUUCGAUCCUGCGAAGAUCCCGAAGCUCAAACUCCCGAAGGACCGUCAGUAUGUGGUGCGGCUCAUGGCCCCGUUCAACAUGCGCUGCAAGACGUGUGGUGAAUACAUCUAUAAGGGGAAGAAGUUUAAUGCCCGUAAGGAGACGGUUCAGAAUGAGGUGUAUUUGGGACUGCCCAUAUUCCGCUUCUACAUCAAGUGCACGCGGUGCCUGGCCGAGAUCACUUUCAAGACAGAUCCUGAGAACACGGACUACACCAUGGAGCACGGAGCCACUCGUAACUUCCAAGCUGAGAAGCUCUUGGAGGAAGAGGAGAAAAGGAUUCAGAAGGAAAGGGAAGAGGAGGAGCUGAACAAUCCCAUGAAGGUCCUGGAGAACAGAACCAAGGACUCUAAACUGGAGAUGGAAGUUCUGGAGAACCUGCAGGAGCUGAAGGAGCUCAACCAGCGCCAGGCAAAUGUUGACUUUGAGGCCAUGCUGCAGCAGUACAAGGAAUAUGAAGAGGAGCAGAAGCGCAGGGAGCAGGAGGAGGAUGAGCAGGAGAUGAAAGCCAUGCUGGAGCAGGCCCAGAACCGCCGGCUGCUGGCAGACUCCGACUCUGACGAAGAGCCUGCAAAACCAGGAACCAAACCUGCGGUGAAGGCAAAGCCUACAGACGUCCUGCAGGAGGACCCUCAGCCCCAGAGCAAGAAGCUGAAGACUGAAAGCUGGGAGCGAAGCGUGGGCAAAUGGAACAGCAAGUCACAGCUGGCUGCACUGGUGACAGCCAGGAAGCAGAAGCUGAGUGCCACCCAGGUUAAUGGGGCAGAGAACCGAGGCACCACUACCAGCACUGGCUCCCUGCCCGGCACUGUGAGCACCACAUCGUCCCUCAGCUUGUUGGGAGCGUACACAGACAGCGAGAGUGACUGAGGAGCCCUGGGAUCACACGUUGCUGCCCUGCCUGGCUGAGAGCACCCGCCCCAAAGCCGCUCAGCCCCACGGUGCUCCCACCCCACACAUCCCGUCCUGCAGUGGGGCUGCGGGCGCCAAUCCUGCACUUCAGGGUGACGCAUCCCAGCGUGGUGCUGGGACGUACUGGGACCGUACAGGACUGUGUUCUUCGUCCUUUCUGCUGUCUCCAGCAGCCCCCCGCCCUCCUGCUGUGCUAACGGCGGUGUGGGGCCUUCCUACCCCCACAGGGGGACGUGAGCUCAGCGCUUUUUUGUAGCUGAGAACCCCCUCCUUUUUCUGCCCCCUCCUAUGGGAUCUGUGUGAGGCUGCUGGGGGGGAAGCAGUGGGGUUGGCUGUGCCCACGGAGGACCCCGAUCAGUGAAUAAAGGUGGUGUGUUGGAACUGC